AGUAAACACACAUGGGCGGAUAUCGCCCUUUAGACCGGUGGAGGAGAUACAUAGCUGUCUUGACAGAUGCCACUAUCCGAGAGAAAGCUCUGACGGGAGUAACAAUGCUCAGCUGUAUCUAGACCUUUUGUCGUACGGUUCGUUUAUUACACCGGAUCUCAGUAAAAGUGGACAAACCGGGAAAGCACAUGUGAGGGUAAUGCUCGCUGACGGCCGAACUGCUACAGUGUUGGUGUUGACAUCCUCAGCUAACGUUAGCUCUCGGCUAGCGCACUCAAACUUGAGGAGGAGAUGUCUCCAGACGACAACCCUCACACCCUCCUGGGAAGGAUACGGUUUUUAAACAAGUGCAGUGAGUGUUUCCGAAAAAGUGAAGCUCUGCCGGAGUCCCUGUGUUACGUGCCGAAAGAGGUUUGCUACAAAAUCUGUAAGGACUCGUCGUCGGGCUCCGCUUCCGCGUCUUCGUCAACAGCUGGCAACUCAGGAGGCAAGAGUGUGGUGUCGGUGUGGGAAAGCCCACAUCAGGCUCCACACAAGAAAUUAUGCAAGUGUAACAUCGAACCCAAAAAAGGCACAUGUAUACGGACAACAGGGGAAGAGUACUGCAACAGCCACGGCCUGUGGGUCAAAAUAAGCAAGGAGCAGCUGGAGGAGUAUCGUGCUGGUCUGGCUCUGGACAUAGAGGAGGGCUGGAUCCUGGUGUGUAAACACACAGAAGGUGGAGACAGGCUUGUGCCGGUGGAAUCUCCCGACACUGUCAGCCGCCAGCAGCAGCUGUUUGGUUAUGACCACAAGCCAUGUAGCAGGUGGGAGCAGGUGAUGGAUGUGGAAAACUCCUUACACAUGGGUGCCAAACCCAAGGUGGCAGAGCCGGACGAGGUCGCUGUUCGCAAACUGAGGUAUGUACCUCCUACAUGGACGUUUGAAUGUGAUGAGGACCUAGUACACUACUUCUAUGACCACAUUGGGAAAGAAGAUGAAAACCUUGGCAGCGUGAAGCAAUGCGUGACCAGCAUUGAUGUGUCUUCUAGUUCGGAGGACCCCAGUGGUGGCGCAAGCUGCCUGACAGAUGGAGACACUGAGACAUUCUGGGAGAGUGAUGGCAUGCAGGGACAGCACUGGAUCCGGCUGCACAUGAAGAGAGGCACUGUGGUCAACAAACUGAUAUUAACAGUGGACUCGACAGAUGAUAACUACAUGCCCAAAAGAGUGACUGUAUAUGGUGGAGAGGGAGAUAAUCUCAAGAAAUACAGUGAUGUAUCAAUAGAUGACAACUUAAUUGGAGAGGUUUGUGUUCUGGAGGACAUGACAUCACAUUUGCCUGUCAUAGAGAUAAGGAUUGAGGAAUGCAGAGAUGAGGGAAUCGAUGUACGGAUCAGGAGUCUAAAGAUCAAAUCGUCCUGCGAGCGUGACUUGGGCCUGAAUGCAGACGUAUUCCAGUCUCCCAACUUAGUGCGCUACCCGAGGUUGGAGGGCACACCCCCUGAUGUCCUCUAUCGACGCGCAUUGGUCAUUCAGAGGUUUAUCACACUCCUGGACAGUCUGUUGCCUCAUAUGGUGCCUGCUUGGGACUACAGCCUUGGAACAUUCAACCAGAUCAAAGUUUAUCACACUCCUGGACAGUCUGUUGCCUCAUAUGGUGCCUGCUUGGGACUACAGCCUUGGAACAUUCAACCAGAUCAAAUGUUACCAUAUUCUUUAUUGUUUAUGCAGGUGUAUGAGGGUCUGAAGCCAUCUGACAAGUAUGAAAAGACUCUGGACUACAGGUGGCCAGCACGAUAUGACCAAUGGUGGGAGUGUAAAUUCAUUGCAGAAGGCAUCAUCGAUCAAGGUGGUGGUUUUCGAGACAGCCUGGCAGACAUGUCUGAAGAGCUUUGUCCCAGCUCAUCAGAGUGCCCCAUGCCACUUCCAUUCUUCACACGAACUUCUAACCAGGGGGCUGGAGAGGCCAGAGACUUCUAUGUGCCAAAUCCUUCAUGCCGAGAAUUCCACAAGUUUGAGUGGAUUGGGCAACUAAUGGGUGCAGCUCUUCGCGGAAAAGACUUUCUGGUUCUGGCUUUACCAGGGCUGGUGUGGAAGCAGCUGAUUGGAGAAGCAGUCAGCUGGACUAAAGACUUUCCUGCUGUAGAUUCAGUGCUUGUGAAGUUGUUGGAGGCUAUGGAGCAUAUGGACAAGGAGACAUUUGAUUUUAAGUUUGGCCAGGAGCUUGUGUACACCACACCCCUGAGUGACGGGCGGCUGGUGGAGCUGAUCCCAGGAGGCAGUGGAGUGGUGGUCCGAUAUGAAGACCGCAUGGAGUUCAUACGCCUGGUACAGAAAUCCAGACUAGAAGAGAGUAGGGAACAGAUUGCUGCCAUGCAGGCAGGACUGGUGAAAGUGGUGCCGCAAGCUGUGCUUGAUCUCCAGGGAUCUGCUCGCUCAGGUUGA